AUGCACAGAUGCGUAGAAGACGCCGUAACACUUCUAAUCGUUACCAGUGUGGACAACCAGGACACCACAUGGCCCAAUGUCCCCAAAGAAGACGACAUUAAGGAAAUCAACAUCAUGGAAUCGAAACACCAACAUCCGCCAAUUAACACGAAAAUUGUUCAAGAUAAUGGCAAUGAAGACUCGGAAGAAGUGGUAAUGUUUGCCGCUCAAGAAAUCAUGUUUGUUAAAAAGAAGUCACCAAGUAAUCAACUGAUGACGGUUAAUGAGAAGAUCAACGACAAAUCUGUCCGCAUUUUGAUCGUUAGUGGAGCUACAAAUGAUCUGUACCGUCCAAAAUUAACUGCCAAUGUAAUUGGAAAGAAAGAAGUAUUUAUUGAGGGUAUUGACGGUCGAUCCACGCCGCGCCGAGUAGUAAACGAAGUACAAACAGUAGUUACGUUUGAAGGAUGGAAGUUUGCAGAUCAAGUAUUAACCGAAUGGGAUUUGUGA